GUCUUCCAGCCCAGCCCAGGGCAGCAUCUGCUGUCCCGGGGGAGGGGACGCCCAAUCCUCCGCCCUCCAGGCCGGAGGCGAGGGCAGGAAGGAGGCGCAACCAGGCUUGGUGACGCGCGCCCAGAGCCCCCGCGCGCCCCGCCCCCGCCACCAUCUGCUCGGGAUUUGGCGUCGGCGCCGCCAGCUCGGGCUCAGCUCGGGCUCUGGAUCCCGGUCGGCGCCUCCUGGCUCUGCUCCGCCUCCCCCUCCCCGCCGGCCCUGACCCGCGCUGCCCACCUGCUGCGCCCCUUCUAGCGGUCCCCAAGUUCCCAGCAUCUCAGCAGAGCGGAGCCCAGCUCGGGCGCCCAUGGAACCGCAGAGAUGUUCACGCCUAGGCUGCUCGAUUUCCAAAAGACGAAAUACGCGAGGUUCAUGAACCACCGGGUCCCUCCCCACAAGCGCUACCAGCCCACGGAGUACGAGCACGCGGCCAACUGCGCCACCCACGCUUUCUGGAUCCUCCCCAGCAUCCUCGGCGGCUCCAACCUCUACUUCCUGUCCGACGAUGACUGGGAGACCAUUUCCGCCUGGAUCUACAGCCUGGGUCUCUGCGGGCUCUUCGUGGUGUCCACCGUGUUCCACACCAUCUCCUGGAAGAAGAGCCACCUCAGGAUGGUGGAGCACUGCUUGCACAUGGUCGACCGCAUGGUCAUCUACUUCUUCAUCGCGGCCUCCUACGCACCCUGGCUGAACCUUCGGGAGCUGGGUCCCUGGGCCUCCCACAUGCGCUGGCUGGUUUGGAUUAUGGCCUCUGUUGGCACCGUCUACGUCUUCUUUUUCCAUGAGCGGUACAAACUAGUGGAGCUCCUAUGCUACGUGGUGAUGGGCUUUUUCCCGGCCCUGGUCGUCCUCUCCAUGACUCCAGCCUCUCCUUACACUUUGGCUGACGUCCCGGCCCUUAUCCCUGAAGACCUGCCCACCAUGUUUUAUGGGACUCACUUUGUCAUGUCUCCUCCUACCAAGAGCAAGCUGAAGCGACAGGGCCAGCUCCUGUCCAGCAUGCUGUCUCGGACACUGAGUCACAAGUACAGGGACCUGGACUCUACCCCAUGCAGCCUGGGUUCCAGUGAUGACCCUGCAGAACUGUCCACCCAGCUGUCAGCUCCUGGAGUCCUGAAAGUGUUUGGGGACAGUGUGUGUACAGGCACGCAUUAUAAGAGUGUCUUGGCUACUGGCAUGUCCAGUGCCCGGGAGCUGGUGAAGGAAGCUCUUGAGCGUUAUGCCCUGGACCCUACAUGUGCCGAUCAGUACGUGCUUUGUGAUGUGGUGGGCCAGGCUGGAGACCCUGGGCAGCGGUGGCAGGCCCAGUGCUUCCGGGUAUUUGGGGACAACGAGAAGCCCCUCUUGAUCCAGGAGCUAUGGAAACCCCGAGAAGGUUUGUUCAGGAGAUUUGAGCUGCGAAAGAAGUCUGAUGUAGAAGAACUGGCUGCCAAAGAUGUGGAUACCAUCACGGCAGGGAUAAACGCCCAGGCCCGGAGACUACAGCGGAUCCGUGCCAAGGGAACACCAAGCCUGGCCCCAGGGACUGUCUGCGGCUCCCCUCCACCCCAACUGCGUCGCACAGUCAGCGAGACCAGCCUGAGCCCGUCCAGUACCCUGCCUGAGGCUGCCCAGGGCCCUGAAGAGCCAGCCCGGGACACCAUGCGCUGCUCCCUGUUCCAGGCCCCGCACCUGCUGCUCCUGCAGGGCUACAGCCAGCAACACGACAGCCUAGUGUACGUGCUCAACCGGGAGCAGCACACAGUGGGCCAGCGCACGCCAUCCAGCAAGCCGAGCAUCAGCCUGGCAGCUCCUGACAUCCUGCCCCUGCACUGCACCAUCCGCCGGCGCCCAGCCCCAGAUGGCAGCCCUGAGGCGGCUAGGCUGGUGCUGGAACCCAUUGCUGGGGCGCCUGUGGCUGUCAACUUCUCUGCAGUGGGCCGGGGAGCUGUGGUGCUACGGCAUGGCGACCUGCUCUCCCUGGGCCUCUACUACUUGCUGCUCUUCAAGGAUCCUGCACAGGCCCAACUGCUGCCUGCUGGGGCCCUGGCUCACCUGCGACCACCACAGAGCUGCAGGACAUGUGGUGCUGCACUCCGGGCCCGUGGUACUGCCUCCUGCUCCUUGGCUGCUUUGCCCAGGCGGCGGCAGCUGCUCCUGGAGUUUGAGCCUGAUAUGGAGGAUGCACUGCUGCAGAGGAUCAUGACGCUGAUUGAGCCAGGGGGCAAUGACUACAAGCUGACACCCGCUUUCCUCCUCUGCCUCUGCAUCCAGCACUCAGCCAUGCACUUUGAGCCUGGCACCUUUGGGCGACUGUUGCUCAAGAUUGCCAGGAGGAUCCGAGAUACAGUCUGGGAGAAAACCAAGGAACUAGCAGAGAAGCAGGCCCAACUCCAGGAACCCAUCUCCUGGGCCAGCUUCACCAUGGCUGACCUAGUUCCAGACCUGCAGCACAUUCUUUUCUGGAUGUCUAACUCCAUCGAGCUCCUGUACUUUAUCCAGCAGAAAUGCCCAUUCUACAUGCAGAGCAUGGAAGAGGAGCUGGAUGUCACAGGCUCCAAGGAGUCGCUGUUCUCCUGCACCCUGACAGCCAGCGAAGAGGCCAUGGCAGCGCUGGAGGAGGUGGUGCUCUAUGCCUUCCAGCAGUGCGUGUACUACCUCUCCAAGUGCCUGUACGUCUGUCUCCCUGCCCUCCUCGAGUGCCCCCCCUUCCAGACAGAGCGCCGGGAGAGCUGGCACGGGGGCCCUGUACUGCCAGAGGAACUGCGCCGCGUCGUGGCUGUGUACCAGGCCGCCCUGGAUCUCCUGCGACAGCUUCGGGUACACCCUGAGGUGGCCUCUCAGAUGCUUGCCUACCUCUUCUUCUUCUCAGGCACAUUGCUGCUCAACCAGCUCCUGGACAGGGGCCCCUCCCUGAGUUGCUUCCACUGGCCCAGAGGUGUCCAGGCCUGCACCCGCCUGCAGCAGCUCCUGGAGUGGGCGAGGAGCGCCGGCCUGGGGGCAGCUGGGGAGCGCUUCUUCCGGAAGCUGUCCUGUACCCUGCAUCUGCUGGCCACACCCAGUGCCCAACUUGUCCAGAUGAGCUGGGCCACCCUGCGGGCCACAUUCCCCGCCCUCAGCCCAGCACAGCUGCACCGGCUGCUGACCCAGUACCAGCUGGCCUCGGCCAUGGGCCCUAUGAGUGCUUGGGAGCCUGGAGCCCAGGACUGUCCUGACGCCUUCCAGUCAGAUCAUGUCCUGGAGUCCUAUGAAAAGCCCCCGCCUAUCGUCCUGCCCAGUGAAGGCUUCCAGGUGGACCUGGAAGCUGACUGCCCGGAUGGCGUCUACCAGCACCUGAUCUAUAUUCGACAUUUCCUGUGGGGUCUACGUGGCCCAACCAGUCCUGACCGCGGGGUCAUCCAGCCAGCCAGCCUCGAGGGCCUGUAUCACACCAUCCCUGAGGGGCCCCUGGAGGACCAGGGCUGCCCCCUGGCUGCCAGGAACCCCAGCGGAGGAGCCCUUGAAGCUGCCCCUGCACACUCUGUUCCUGGUGCUGGGACUUCUGGAGCACAGGAGCCCCCAGGAGGACGGCAGCCCGGCCGAGGAGGCCACAGGGGCUCCCAGGCCGGGCUCCUGCACACUGACUCCUCCUGCCUUCUCACACCUCCAGGAACCCCACUCGGCCUUGAGCCUGGGGGACCUAGCUGGCCUGAGCCUGGCAGCCUCUGUGGAAAAAUACUUCCUGAAUUACAGAGGAAUGGGCUAGGCCCCCUGGGUGCAGCUCUAGAAGGCACUGGUCUCCAGUCCUGUGGGCUCCUUAUGCCCUUGCAUCCCUCCUCGCCCACUCAGGAGAUACCGUGGCCCCCAUGGACGAGUCUCCUGUGGACCCAUCAAGUGGCAGCUCCAGCACUGAGGACUUCUGCUAUGUCUUCUCUGUGGAGCUGGAGAGAGGCCCCUUGGGGCUGGGCAUGGGCCUCAUCGACGGCAUGCACACAGCUCUGGGCUCCCCGGGGCUCUACAUCCAGACCCUGCUUCCAGGCAGUCCUGCAGCAGCCAAUGGGCGGCUGUCACUGGGAGACCGAAUCCUGGAGGUGAAUGGUACCAGCCUGAUGGGAGUCAGCUACAUGAGAGCUGUGGACCUGAUCCGACAUGGGGGCAAGAAGAUGCAGUUUUUAGUUGCCAAGUCUGAUGUGGAAACAGCCAAGAAAAUCCACUUCCGCACACCCCCACCCUAGGCGGGACUACAGGAUGCGUCCCCACCCCCAACACCUUGGUCCACCAGGCGCCCUCCGCCAGUUCCUUAAUACUGCCCAUCACCUGGUUUCAGAUCACCCCAGUGAGUUCCUAUGUGGUGGCCUCAUUAGGACACACCUGUUCAUAAUGUACAUCUAUAUAUUUUAUUUAUAUGACAGAUGACACUAAGUGGUAAUAUUUCUUAAGAGUUUUUAUGUGUAAAGACUAACAGAGAAGUAUAGAUUCAAUAAACUAUCUUUCUUAUCCUCCCUGGGGGCAGUGGUGGGCUCUGCCAUUUGCAGCCUGGCAUAUCCCUAGCCCUUUACAGCCCGCCCUCCCUGGCAGCAUGGUGGAUCCCUGGGUGGCCAUGGCUGUUUCCUGUCCAGAGGCAGGACAAAGACCACAGCUGUCUUGCAGCCAGAAGGGAAGAGCCAUUAAGCAGGACAGCACCACCUUCUAGUUGGCUGGCUUGGUAUGCCAUGUACCCAGAGCAUAGGUCUGGAGCCCCUGGGAAGGCUGGAAGGGGACUGGCUGAGCUGCAGUGUCCCCCAGGAUCAAGCCACCCUGUUCCCAGCUGCCUCACCCUUGUCUCUGAUCAUCAAAGCCAGCAGCUUGGCCCUAAUACCAGGCACUUAAUCUGUAGUUGUCUUACAGCUAGUCACAGUCCCUUCAUCCUCCAGCCCCCUCCACCUGUCAGCCUCCACCUGCCAGCCUGAUGGUGCAGGGCCGGGGCAGUGCUAUGUUGGCAUCGUGGAGAGAGUGGGACUGUGACACACUAGGCUUCUUGAGCAGGUUCCACAGCCUGGGCAUGGGAGACUUACAUGUCUCCCUUGCCCUACACAGAGCAGUGGCUGGGAAAGGAACAGAAACCCUGGGGCCCUGGACUGGUGGGGUCCCAGCCCUUCAACUGCAGAGGACAUAUCACGUGAAAAGGGACUGCCUGCAGGACCCAGCACCAUGGAGCAGUGUCCUUAGUAGGCCCCCUUGCAGCCUUAUCAGUCCUGUGCUGCCCCCUGCUGAACACUUUAGGGAGGUGCAGUGCAUCUGCUCCAGGUCCUUUGUCAGUGUUGCAGGCCACUGAUUGCAAGCACAGGCCUUCCACUAUGCUUGAACCAGUGGCUUAUAAGCAGCUGCCCAAAAUGCUGGAUAAAGUAUAUUUCUAAAAAAAUCCCUUUAAAUGCAUGGUUAGUCUUAAAAGAAAAAAUCCUUGGAGCCUAAAAUUGAAAUGAGGGUCUAAGUUCAGAGCACCUGCACUUAGCAUGGCAGGUUGCUGGUCCCAAUCCUUCAUGCCUCUGCUUUGGUGACAGUGUGUAGAAGAGGCAAAGUCUUAACUAUUCCAAACUAGCAGGCGGAAUUUAUUGAGGAACCCAGGUUAAAUGCUGAGGGACUCCAGUACUCCAGAGCUCCUGAAGGGCUGGACAAAGGGCCAGGGAAUACAUAAUCACAGUACUAUGUAGAGCUUAUUUAUUCCCUGCCAGGCCCCAUGAGUGCACACAGGUAUCAACCUGUGUAACUUGGGUGACAGUCUCCAGAUAUGGGGGCAAAGCAGAGAGAGACCCAUAUGUAUGGCAGUCAGCCAGUGCCAUAGUGCUGGGGUGGGGGUGGGGGACCUGAGCCUUAACACCAAAGCAUUUAUCCCCACUCAGCUCUGCCACAGCUGGAGCCUGGAAGUGUUGCCAACUGCAGCAGGCAGAGAGCUCUGUGGCCUCCGUAGUCCCACCGACCACCAUGCCCUGGUCUCACAGCAAUAGCACACAUGCAGGGGGCAGGCUGAGUCAGGAGCACACCCCUGGCUUCCGUCACUUCUGCAGUGCCCUACUGGCCAAACAAGUCACACAGCCAGUCCUAAAUCCAUGAGUAGCAAAGUACAUGCAACCAGCCCUGAAGCCAUAGCCAGAUGUGCAUUUGUGAUGCUUCUCUGGGUGAAGGACUACUUGGGAGGCUGAGGCAGGAGGACUGCAAGUUUGAGGCCAGCUUGGGCAAACAGUGAGACCCCAUCUCACUAUGGAUCAUCCCCCCAAAAAUCAGAAAAGAUUUAAGUAUUUCAGACAGAUGAAAAGAUAAUUGAAUUAGAAGAGAGAGUUGAAAACUUGCCAGAAAUCAUCAAAAUAAAAGUUGAGAGAUGCAGAACAAGAAGGUGUGGCUUACAGUAGUUGGAGUUCUGAAGGAGACAGGAAAAUGGGGGAAGAGUACUAAAGAGAAUGACUAAGAGCUGAUAAAAGAUCCAAACCUCAACAAGUGCCAGGAUCAGUCCAGUGAAAUACACACUUAAGCACACUACGGUGAAGCUACAGAAUGCAGAGACACAGGAGAUCUAUGCAGCGGCCAGGGAGUGGGACAGAGCUCCAGAAGAGACACUGCAGCUCGCUGCCAGCCUCAGAGCAGAGGCGAGAUCCGCAGAUACGACGGUCUUGUCAGAGGGCCAGGAAAACUCAGUCCAUCUUUCAAGAAAAAAAGUAAGUUCAAAAUAUUUUUCUGGGGCUGGGGAUUUAGCUCAGCGGCAUAAGUGCCUGCCUUGGAAGCAGGCAGUCGUGAGUUCGAUCCCUGGUACCGAUAAAAACGAAAAAAGACAAAAAUAAAAAUUUUCCGACAAGCAAAAAUGAAGACACUGAAGAGGUAUGUAUGAAAAGUGUCUGAUGGAAGGUCUGACACACAAGAGUAAUGGUAAGCAGAUAAACCUCUAUGCAGAGCAACAGUGGGAGGCUUUAAGUGUGGAGGCCUCAGGACAAUUCAGGUCACUGAACUGAGGUGUGACAGGAAAACAGAAGGGGCUGGCGCUGUCGGGGGUGGGUGGGAUGCUAUUGAUACUGGUUAGCAUUAGACUUUGUAACGAUGGGUGCUGACAUCUCCAGUCCAUGGAAAGACAAAGCAGAUUCAACUUUCAAACUAAGAGAAGAAAAGUAACAAAAAACACAUAGAAAAGUAGCACUAAAUAUGACAGCAGAAAUUUAUUCAGAAUUGUCAGUACUACUACUACAUGUAAAUGGACUCUAACAGUAUGUACGUAGUAUUUAUGAGCUACAUGUAAGGUGUAAGAAUGCAUAAAAGAUAAAGGAUAGACAAAGAUGUAUCAGGAAGAUGAAACUGUUCUGAACUUGAAUGCACCUAACAACAUUUUCUCAAAACACAUAAAAGCCAGAUGAAGACAAGGACUGAAUCCAUAUGAUAAAAGGAGACCUUAGCAUAAAUCUCUGCAGCAGGUAAAUCCAGCAGCCAGAAAUCAAUCAAUGGAUGAACACAAGACAGCGUCCUGGACCUCUUGGAACUUCAAUUCUAAUUGUUCUAGCCUGACAAUAAAUAAAUGGAUUAAUACUGCGCA